GAACGGCAAUGGUAAACACAACCGUGAAAACCGUGUUGAUACUCUUUACAAGAUGGUGUACGUGUCCAACGGCCAGGUCCUGGACAGCAGGUCCCAGUCACCAUGGGGACUCUCUUUACUGGUCGACCUCUUCUGGGGAGCAGUAGAUUUCAUCAGCCUGUUUUUUAGGACAUUGGUUCACCCGGACAUGACAAAGAAUGGAACUACUGGUUCGUCACAAUUCAGUGAUGGCAGAGGUCCCCCUGGUCCCCCUGGAGGCAGAAGGAAGAUGGGAAGAAUAAACCAUGGUACAGGUCCCAGUGCUCCACCAAUGGGUGGAGGAGGAUGAGGAAGGUGA